AUGACAACGAUCAUAAGCACAGGACCCGAUCCACCAGGUGUUCAUUAUCCCAUCUCCCCCAAUGCUAUUACACUGCCGAUAUUCUCAAUAAUUUUUAUACUACUUCUCAUCGUUCCAUUCCGCCUCCUGUAUCGCGUCAGCAAUAUAGCCGCCUGCUCCCUCGUCAUCAUAAACAUAAUUUCUCUCAUCUUUGUCGCCAUGAAUGCUCUCCUUUGGCCAACCGACUCCCUCACCUCUCGAUUCUCUGGCAAUAUAGUCUGCGAUAUUCAAGUACUGAUUCGUCAAGCCCUCUACACAGCCAUGACCUCAACAACAUGUUGCAUAUCUUUAUUUCUGGCAAGAGCAGUGAAUACGGAUAAUGCAUGUAUGCAUGAAACUCGAGCGAUGAAAAGAAGAAGAGUAGCGAAGGAUUGUGCUUUUUGUUUUACGAUUCCAAUUUUACAAGUAGCGCUGCAUUACACAAUACAAAGUAAUAGGUUCACGGUUAUGACAAUUUAUGGAUGUGUGGAUGCGACAGAUUUGAGUUGGCCAAGUAUUGUUAUUUUGCACAUCUGGCCACUCAUUUUUGCAUGUUUGAAUUGUUAUUUUGCUUGUAUGUAUUGUGUAAUUUAUCGUCUCCGUCGGCAUCGCACAAAUUUUACCAGUACUCUUUCCUCUUCCUCUUCGGGACUCAGUCCUCGCCGCUUCUUUAAACUUUUUUCAAUGUCCCUCAUGCUUCUCUUGAUCUAUUUUCCAGUCGUUAUUUAUUAUUUCUAUCUCAAUGUUAGCUGGCCUUUACAUGCAUAUUCGUGGUCAUAUAUUCAUGAUCCUACAUAUUGGCAUUCGAUCAUCUUUUGGAGAAUUGCAGAUGCACCAAAGGGUAUGCAGUACGAUGCAUGGAAUUGGGUUGCUUUAGCGUUUUUAAUUGUGGUAUUUUGGGGUUGUAAUGGUGAGGGGAUGGAGAUUUAUAGAAGGGGAUUGUGUAAAUUGGGAUUGGCGAGAUGUUGGCCGAGAUUGAGGAUGAGCAUGCAUGAAAGGAAGAUGGAGAAGAAGGAGAGGGAUAGUAGGAUGGGAAUGAGUAAUGGAACUGUGAAUGGGAGUUGGGCAGGUCGAUUUGAUUUGAUUACCAAGACAAUUCAUUAUUUUGAAGAUCAGGAGGCAAAAAGUAGGAAACAAAGCGUAGCUACGACGACUACAUUGGGCAAUGAAGUAACGAAUACCACAAGCCGCAAGCCUUCUCAUACCCCAACCUUUAACUCUGUCAACUCCAACAAAUUGCCUCGUAACUUCAACAUUAUGACCGGCUACAAUCCCUCAACUCACAAACCUUCCAACGCGACAACUUACGAAAGUAUAAAUGAGAAAGAGACGUCCCUCUCAUCUACAUCUACUACUUGCGAGAAUCCAGAUGUCAUCUCCUCGGUUCCAAGGACUGCAAGCCCAAAUAAUGCUUACUCGAAUUUUCCAAAUCAUGGGGUAGGGGGGAGGGGGGAUAAAACCCCGCCAACUUCAGCAAGGAUCUGGGCAACCUUUAGAACACAUCUCAAUCCCAUUUCUCUGGCUUCUUCAUUUGUUCAUGGCAAGAAAACAAAUAAUCAGGAUUCACAUACUCGUCAUCAUCCACACUCCAAAUCAAAAUCAGCAAUCGAUCAAAGCGCAAAUCUAGACCCAACCAUCGGAAAUCAAAAUUCAACACAUACAACCCAAAUAUGGGCUGCUGGUGCUCUACAAGACACGAAUGAUAUAUAUAAAGGAUCAAAUGCAGGGCUACCGACUACUGGGGAAUCGACCAAAUCCACGUGUGAUUAUGCAGAGGAAAAAUAUGAUCAAGAUGACCUUCUCGCGAAUCCUAAACCGGGGACUAGAGCUUAUAGGGAGAGAGAAAGACGAGAGAUAGUUUCCGAGAGGCAAGAGAGGAAGAAGGUAAUGGAGAAGAAGAGAAGUGAAAUAGAUGAGCAGGGAAAUGAAAACAGAGGUAGAGUAGGAGAGGGAUUGAAUGUUGAAAGGACUUUUGAUGUUGUGGAAGAACGGAAUAUUGGGAGAGCGAGUAGUUCUUGA